CGUUCAUGGGAAGAGGGAGUCACUGAUGUGCGUGUCUGUCACUGAUGACGCUCGUGUGUCUUAAAGGACCAUGAGUGUAAGUUAGAGGCAUAUUCUCACAGUCUGAUGCUUUGCGCCUGUUAUUUAAGAGCUCCGCCGUCGUGAUGAAUAUACAUAUGGUCAAUACCGCGAGAAAAUGGAUCGUAUCGUGCAGCGCGAACCUUUAGUAUCCUGCGCCGAGGUGAAAUGAGGGUGUAAUUCGUCCAAAAUGUGACAUGGCACAAGCGCAACGGGCUCACGGUUGGACAGUCGAGGUGUCAUCGAUCUGAUCUGAUAUGAUCACUGAUAAAUAACGCGGCGAGAUGGAUCUCCUCUCCGUUUCUCGUUGACUCACACGGGAGGGAGGCAGGCGGAAUUGAGCAGCGCGACCACCGGCCAAUGUACCGGGGGAACGGCGGCGUGACAGCGGCCCGGGAGCGGCAGCGGCAACGGCGGCGGCGGCGGUCUUGAAAUCCGUUCCUCCGGGUUUUACGCAGCGAGGCGCGGGGAACCAUGGGCUGCGCUCCCAGCAUCCACGUCUCGCAGAGCGGGGUGAUCUACUGCCGCGACUCGGACGAGUCCAACUCGCCGCAUCAGACCACCACCAUCUCGCAGGGCACGGCGACCACCCUGCACGGCCUCUUCAUCAAGACCGACGCGGCGGACACCAUCCCCUCCGUGAUCGCGUACCAGAGCAGGCACACACGGACCAACUCCCACCGGGAGCGGAGGGAGAACAGCGGCGGACACAUGUGCACGGAGGCCGAGACUCAGACCAGCAGCGCUAGCGUCAAGGUGUCUGCAGCAGAAGAGCGUUUGGGGCCGAUGCGACUGACUCAGGAGCCAAUUCAGGUGUUACUGGUCUUCGCUAAAGAGGACAGUCAGAGCGAUGCGUUCUGGUGGGCGUGUGAGCGGGCGGGGUUCAGGUGUAACAUCGCACGAACACCUGAGUCUGCGGUGGAGUGUUUCUUGGAUAAACACCACGAGAUCGUCAUCAUUGAUGGCCGGCACUCACGGUACUUUGAGGCUGAUGCCGUCUGCCGGAUGAUUCGAGCAACCAAGCCUUCUGAACACACUGUUAUGUUAGCAGUGAUGCCACAAAUUCCUUCAGAUCAGGAGGAACCAUCUGUCCUUCCUCUUCUCUCUGCUGGCUUCUCCAGAAGGUACUUGGAGAACAGCAGUGUGUCAGCCUGCUAUAAUGAGUUAAUCCAGUUAGAACAUGGAGAGGUUCGAGCUCAGUUCAAACUGAGGGCUUGUAACUCUGUGUUUACCGCAUUAGAACAGUGUCAGGAAGCCGUGGAGAUCAGUAGCGAAGAUCACGUCAUACAAUAUGUAAAUCCAGCAUUUGAAAAGAUGAUGGGCUAUCAUAGAGGCGAACUGAUCGGUAAAGAGUUGACCGAACUGCCCAAGAGUGACAAGAACAGCGCCGACCUGCUGGACACCAUCAACACCUGCAUCAAGAAAGGAAAGGAAUGGCAGGGGAUCUAUUUCUCACGGAGGAAGUCAGGGGACAGUAUUCAGCAAUAUGUCAGAAUCACUCCUGUGAUUGGCCAGGGAGGAAAAAUCCGCCACUUUGUGUCCAUCAAGAGGCCUUACAGUGACAACCACAGACAGGUUCAUAAAUUAAGCAAAGAAGAGAAAGGCUGUGGUGAACACUCACAAUCAGAAUGCAAUUCCUUGCGUCACAAAGACCGGAGGAAAGAGUCUGUGGACGUCAGAUCCAUCAGCUCUCACAGCAGCGAUGCUCCCAGUCUACAGAACCGCAGAUAUUCUUCCAUGGCCAGAAUUCACUCCAUGACUAUUGAGGCUCCGAUCACUAAGGUGAUAAAUAUCAUUAAUGCAGCGCAGGAGAGCAGUCCUGUGACAGUAGCGGAAGCACUGGAUCGUGUUCUGGAGAUUCUGCGGACCACCGAACUUUACUCACCCCAACUGGCCUCUAAAGAGGACGAUCCCCACACCAAUGACCUGGUGGGAGGGCUCAUGAGUGACGGACUCAGAAGGCUCUCUGGGAAUGAGUAUGUCUUCUCCAAAAGUGCAUUACACAAUAUGAGUCAGAGUCAGCUGGCAGUGCCUGUCCCGUUAAACGACAUCCCGUCCUCCAUCGCAGAGCUGCUCAAUGAGGAGGAACGCUGGGAAUUCAAUAUCCUGGAGCUGGAAGCAGCUACUCACAAGAGGCCGCUCUCAUACCUGGGGCUGAAGAUCUUCUCUGCUUUUGGCGUGUGUGAGUUCCUGAACUGCACAGAGGCCACGUUGCGCUCGUGGCUGCAGGUGAUCGAGGCUAAUUACCACGCAUCCAACUCUUACCACAACUCAACACACGCCGCAGACGUCCUGCACGCCACAGCCUUCUUCCUGCGCAAGGACAGAGUCAAGGGAAGUCUUGACCAGCUGGAUGAAGUAGCAGCACUGUUGGCAGCAACAGUCCAUGACGUUGAUCACCCGGGCCGCACCAACUCAUUCCUGUGCAAUGCAGGCAGUGAACUGGCCAUUCUGUACAACGACACGGCCGUCCUGGAGAGUCACCACGCCGCUCUAGCGUUCCAGCUGACUGUACGAGACAGCAAGUGCAACAUCUUCAAAAACAUGGAAAGGACUCAGUUUCGGACUCUACGGCAGGCCAUAAUAGACAUGGUGCUGGCGACGGAAAUGACGCGGCACUUCGAACACGUCAAUAAGUUCGUAAACAGCAUCAACAAACCCAUGAGUGCUAUUGAGGAGACGAGCUCCAAUAGUGAAGGCAGUGAUUGUGAGGGGCAGGCCAGUAUUCGCAACUCUCCCGAGAAUCGUCUGUUAAUUAAACGGAUGCUGAUUAAAUGUGCCGACGUGGCCAAUCCCUGCAGGCCUCUGGAGCUCUGUAUCGAAUGGGCUGGUCGCAUUUCAGAGGAGUACUUCGCUCAGACUGACGAGGAGAAAAGACAAGGUUUGCCGGUUGUCAUGCCAGUGUUUGACCGGAAUACCUGCAGCAUUCCUAAAUCCCAGAUCUCGUUUAUCGACUAUUUCAUCACGGACAUGUUUGAUGCCUGGGAUGCCUUUGCCAGUUUACCAGGUCUGAUGGAGCAUUUGGCAGAAAACUACAAAUACUGGAAGAACUUGGAUGAGAUGAAAUGCAAAAGCCUGCGGCCUCCGCCUCCUCCGUGACCCUCGUGACUCGCUCACCCUGGAGGUCAAAGGUCAGAGAUUACGCUGUGAAUGUAGCAUCUCCGCCGGGCCUCCGAGAUUCCGUCCACUGAAUGCAAAUCAGCAACCCUGUUUCCCUGACGAAGCUCCACCCCUAGCGACAAUCGCCCGGUAACAAGGGUAAAACACAAACAAACGACAAAACGAAUGCACUUUAUCAGCAUACAGUCAGUCCUCUUCCAGCAUCUUUCUUCUCUUCUUUUUUUAAAACCCCUCUGUUCUCCCAGCUGUUUUUAAUGAGUUCUGAACAGUGAUUUUUUGUAAUGUCUGACACAGAAGACUGAUCUCAGUCCAACAGAAGACUGUAUAUACUAUAUACGCUCAAAUAUGGAACUGAAACGUGAGGUCUGUGACUACACACAUGCAAACAUAACAUUAACAGACAUGUGGGAUCACAGAUCCGAAUGCCAAAAGGGCUUUAUUAUUUGGAUUUGGACUCUGAAGUGGCUAUUUUGGAAACCAAAAAGGACCUAAUAGCGAGCCCUGUGGCACACCACAUUUUCCCCCUUACUGAUUUGUUAAAAUUCAACACGGAUGGAAUAUGUUGACACAAUAUUGUGGACAGAAGCAAAUGUCAAGUUGCCAAAACAGAAGACGGACGAUGAAUGGGUAUUGACCAGCACUGAAUUCAAUUCAGUGUGCGAGAAUGUAAAAACUGCGACGGAUCAGCCCGCUGCGGGCCGUCAUUAUUCCGGCACUUUCUGUAUCAGAACGACUCAAGCCUUUCUCAGACUCCAAGGACUGGUGUGUAAUAAUCAAUAAUUUUGAUAUAAAUAGCCAAUAAUAACAAAGAAAUAUAUAUUUCUCAGAAACACUGUAUAUCCAGACACAUACUGUAACAACGUGAAGCUUGACGACGCGAGAGUGUGUGUGCGCAAGAGAGCGAGUGUGUUUAUGUUACGAUGAAUGUAUUAGCAUACUUUUUACAUUUUACACAUGACGGUUAACAUUCCUACUUCACGCAAAAGUCCGUACGGAUGCAACAUUCCCUUAUCGUCAGAGUUACUGCGUGUAAAGUCCAGCACAGCCUCAUCCGAAACCACGAUGGUGGGAUCGCGCAUAUUUUAAGUGUUACACCAUUUUUAAGUAUUAUUUAUUUACAAAAAAACUCUCUGGCUGUAUAUCGCUGUUGUAAGCUUACACCAUGGACACAAAUCGGCGACAGGCUUCAAACGCUUUUAUAGUCCAAAAACCAGCGCCAAAGGUGCGUUUAUAAUCAAACACGAUGAUGAGUUUUAAACAGAUGUUUGGCUGCAGCCGUUUCGACUGGAAAAAGAACUCGAUUUCUUGAAAUCUGUCUCACCAGACAUUUUUUAAAAAUACACACAAAUGUUUUUAUUAAACGUAGCCAUUGGUGUCAUUUGUUAUUUGCGCACCUCAUUUUUACCGGGUUGCAUUUGGACACGUAUUGGCUCGCGGACAGGCUUAGUAGGAAUUUAUGAAAUGUUUAUAUUCGGUCGACGUUCGGCCUUUUACUCUUUAUGCGUUGUCGGAAAGGAGCUGUCGAGAACUUCAUCUUCACAGCGAGCGUUCUAGAACGUUCUGCACCGAGUGUUCUAAACGCGAUGACAUCAUAGGCAGACAAUUCCACAAUGCCCUUGUAAGAUGGCAGCGGGUGUUUUUGUUGUUCUUAGGCUGGCGAUGCAUCACAGCGAGUGUUUUUAGGCACUUCAGACAGCAUUGUGCGCUUGAAGGCAUGCGGUGCACAUUCAGCAGCUCGCAGGGUUUUGAUUUUUCCUCUUUCCUGUUCUCUCAUCCUUCCUGAUUCUAUCUGUUUCCCGCCCUUUUUUCUUUUUUCUUUAAUGUGGUCGCUGGUUUUGGUAGCACUUUUGAAGCUUGUAUAUGUAAGGUAUUUUAUAAAGUGUUCUUAAUGCAUUAUUACAAGUAUUGGUUUAAAUCAGACAAUAUUUGUAGCUGAUAAUAUCAGGGAUUCUUUUUUCUAAUUAAAAAAAAAUAGGUGUAAUGUAUUGUGGUUAUAAUUAUGAGUAAGAACGUACAACUGAUUUAUUAUACAAAUGCAUUAAGAAUUUCUUUAUGAUGUACUAUAUAUGCAUGCUUAAUAGAAAUUAUACUAGUCCAUUUACCCCUUAUUUGGAGCUCUACAGAUGAAUGCUGAAGUACAAAUUGUGAAGGAUGCUCUUGUCGCCCUCUAGUGGUGAAUCCAGAGAUCCACACACAUAUUGAUGCUGUUUCUUAGUUGUUUUACAUAGGUGAAAUUGUUUUGUUUUUUAGUAGUAUAGUAGUAUAAUGUUUUCCCUAAAGUUAGUGCAACAAAAAGCUCCUCGUAACACUACCAGUCAAACGCUUGGACGCACUAGACUGAAUUUGUGUUUAUGAUUUUAUAUGUACAUACCAGUCAAAAGUACCAGCAAGAUUUUGAAUGUUUUUUUUUAAAGAAGUCUAUUCUGCUCACCAAGCCUGCAUUUAUUUGAUUCAAAGUACAGCAAAAACAGUAAAAAUCUAAAAUAUUUUUACAUUUUAAAAUAACUGUUUUCUAUUUAAAUAUAUUUUAAAAUGUAAUUUAUUCCUUUGAUUUCAAACCUGAAUUUUUAGCAUCAUUACUCCAGUCACAUGAUCCUUCAGAAAUCAUUCUAAUAUUCUGAUUUGCUGCUCAAAAAGCAUUUAUUAUUAUUAUUAUUAUUAUGUUGAAAACAGCUGAGUAGAAUUUUUUUCAGGUUUCUUUAAUGAAUAUAAAGUUCAGAAGAACAGCAUUUAUCUGAAAUAGAAGUCUUUUGUAAGAUUCUAAAUGUUUUAUUAUCAAUUUUGAUCAAUUUAAAGCAUCCUUGCUAAAUAACAGUAUUAAUUUCUAUCAUUUCAUUUCUCCCCCCCCAAAAAAAAAAAAAAAAUUAUACUGAAUCCAUUCUUUUGAAUAGUAUAGUGUAUAACAUUACAAAAGCAUUCUAUUUCAGGUAAAUGUUGAUCUUCGGAUCUUUCUAUUCAUCAAAGAAAAUAUAUAAUUUAUUUAAUUUUAUUUAAUUUUAUUUUAUUAUUUCAUUUUAUUUUAUAAUUUAUAAUUAUUUUAUAAUAUAAUAAUUUUUAUAUAUAUAUAUAUUUUAAAUGAUGUAAAAUUAAAAAAAUAAUAGAAAUGUAAGUCACGAUUUUUCAGCUGGAGCUAUUUUUGAUGUUGAUUACCACAGAAAAUCAUGUUGAUUCAUCCCUCUGUAUUUUAUUUUAUUACUUUAUUUUGUUUUAUUUUAUUUUAUUGUUUUUGUUUUGUUUUUGUUUUUUAAAAGCAAAUAUUAAAAAUAUUUUAAUAAUAAAAAAAAGCAAAUAUAGCAAUUACAACAGUUUACUUAAGAGUUCCAGAUGACCUAAAAUAAAUGCUGAUCUUUGGGGAAAAAAAUGUACUUAACUGUUUUAAAUGUUAUUAGUAAUAAUAAUAAUAAUAAUAAUAAUAAUAAUAAUAAUAAUAAUGUUUCUUGAGUAGCAAAUUGCCAUUUUAGGAUGAUUUCUGAAGGAUCAUGUGACAAUAUAGACUGGAGUAAUGAUAAAAAUUCAGCUUUGCAUCAUAAAAAUAAAUUACAUUUUACAAUAUAUUCAAAUAGAAAGCAGUUAUUUAAAAUAGUAAAACUAUUUCACAAUAUUACUGCUUUUGCGUUUUUUUUUAAUCAAAUAAAUGCAGACUUGAUGAGCUGAAGAGACAAAAACAUUACAAAUCUUACAGUUCAAAAACUUUUGACUUAUUUUUUUUUUUCCAGAUAAAUGCUGUUUAUUAUGAUUUUCACAAACAUAUAAAGCAGCACAACUUUACUAUUGAUUACAAUAAAACAAAUGUUUCUUGAGCAGCAAAUCAGCAUAUUAGGAUGAUUUCUGAAGGAUCAUGUGACACUGAAGACUGCAGUAAUGAUGCUGAAAAUUCAGCUUUGCAUCACCUUUGCAUUCAAACAGAAAACACUUAUUUUAAAUUAUAAUAAUAUUUCAUAUUUUACUAUAUUUUUAAUCAAAUAAAUACAGCCUUGAUGAGCAGAAAGGCUUCAAGGUUUAAAAAAAACACUCUAAAAUAUGAAAAAUAGCCAUAAUAAAGACCAAGUAGGUGUUUCCCAACAUUUAACUGGUAGAAAACACAAAUGUGCAUCCUUUAUGUACAGGACGUGCUCUCAUUUAGCGUCAUUUUAUCCAUGUAGAUGUUUGAAUAUUAGCGUUUCGCUGUACGUCACUGCCAGUUUUGACAUCCUGUAGUGUAAAGCGAAAUGAAUUUCCAUUCCGCUCAUCUGUAUUGACUGAACAAAGGCACAGUAACCUGUAACGCACAAUCAACAAACGCCAGUAGAGGCUCGUCUCAUUUGACUCGUCUCAGACGGGUCUUGAUUCUGGGUUUGGAGCCGAGUGAGAUAAAGCCAUAGAACAACCUAGAACUAAUAAUGGAAGUGCAGGUCAUAAGAUGAUGUAUCUAUUCUCUCUUUUCCUGUCCUCCACCCUGCUCAUCCUCUCUCUUCCUGUCUUUCUGUGUCGGAAAAGCUCCUGCGUUAUCCUGCUUCAUAACCGUUGCAUAUUGCGUUCUCACACACAGGGUUUGUAGGUAAUUUAAAGUACAAAAUGUUAUAGGGGAGAAUCCCUUUUUAAGCUCAGAUGUUUUGACUAUGAAUUUAUAUGGACUCUUUUACAGAUAUUAAUAUAAAUAUGUAGAGUUUAGAGAGAAUAUUCAGGUUCAUGCCUUAAACGCUAUUAUAAAACGCUCCUCGUUCACUUGUCAACACUGACUGAAAGCCUCUUUUAAAGUACUGAGUGACUGAACGACGUGACCAUGUGAUUGUUUCAUUCCAAAGGUCCACUGUAAUAUUAACAUGAUGUUGUUCUGGUGGUUGUUGGUUAAUUUGGUUACUGGUGGUUUUGGUUGUUGUUUGUUGGAUGUUUAGUGAUGUGCUUAAAAGAACGGCCCGAGCAUGAUGUUUGUGACCACAGAAAAUCAUUUUGACUCAUCCCUCUUUUUUAUUUUAUUUUAUUUUAUUUUAUUACUUUAUUUUAUUUUGUUUUUAUUUUUUAUUUUAAAAAGUAAAUUAUUACAAAUAUUUUAAUUAAAAUUAAAAAAGCAAAUAUAGCCAUUACAUUGGUUUACUUAAAAGUUCCAGAUGGCUUAAAAUCAGACAUGUAAAACUCAUAUUUAUAAUAAUUUAAAAUAACAAAAAUUAAAAAUAGUUUAUAGUAUUAUUAUAUUUGUAUAGCUAAAAAUGUAAGUCACAGUUUUUCAGCUGGAGCUAUUUUUAAUGUUGAUUACCAUAGAAAAUAAUUUUGACUCAUCCCUCCGUAUUUUAUUUUAUUUUAUUUGUUUUAUUUUUUAUUUUAAAAAGCAAAUUAUUACAAAUAUUUUAAUUUAAAAAAGCAAAUAAAGCCAUUACAGUGGUUUACAGUAGUUUCAGAUGACUUAAAAUCAGAAAUGUAAAGCUUAUAUUUGUAUAAAACGUGUACAAUGAGUAAGUAAAGCAUAAAGAAUUAGUAGUCACAUAAUAGCAAUAUAUAUUGUUUUCAGGAUGUUUUCAUAUUAAAAGUUCCAGAUGGCUUAAAAUCAGAAAUGUAAAACUCAUAUUUAUAAUAAUUUAAAAUAACAAAAAUUAAAAAUAGUCUAUAAUAUUGUUAUGUUUGUAAAGCUAAAAAUGUAAGUCACAAUUUUUCAGCUGGAGCUAUUUUUAAUGUUGAUUAUCACAGAAAAUAAUUUUGACUCAUCCCUCUGUAUUUUAUUUUAUUUUAUAAUUUAUAUUUAUAAUAAUUAACAAUUUAAAAAUAAUUUAUAUUAUUAUUAUAUUUGUAAAAGUAAAAACCAUAGACAAUAAUUUUGACUCAUCCCCCUUUAUUUUAUUUUAUAUUAUUAUUUUAUUUUAUUACUUUAUUUUUGUUUUAUUUAAUUUUUAUUGUUUUAUUUUAAAAAGUAACUUAUUAAAAAUAUUUUUCAGCUGGAACUAUUUUUGAUGUUGAUUACCAUAGAAAAUAAUUUUGACUCAUCCCUUUGCAUUUUAUUUUAUUUUGUUUUGUUUUAUUUUAUUAUUUAUAUUUAUAAUAUUUUAUUUUAUUACUUUGUUAUUACUUUUUUAAACCAAAUUAUUAAAAAUAUUUUAAUUAAAAAAAGCAAAUAUGUCACAUUUUUAUUUUUUAUUUUAUUAUUUUGUUUUAUUUUAUCAUUAAUAUUUAUAAUAAUUUAAAAUUGUUAAAAAUAAUAAGCUUUUUUUUUUUUUAAGUGUACAACUUCCAGAGGACUUAAAAUCAGAAAUGUAAAGCUUGUAUUAUAAUAAUUUAUAAAUAAAAACUAAUAUUAAUAAUAAUUUAUAGUAUUAUGUCUGUAAAAGCAAAAAUGAUUUCUGGUCUCUGUGUUUUAUUUUGAAUGUUUUUUGGGUUUGUUUGUUUUUUUUUAUAAAAAAAGGGAAGAGUCAAAGUUUGAUUUGAAGUCAGUAUGUUGCCAUAAAUGCUAUUCGAGAACCAGAACAUUGAAUUAAAGAUGGUUAGUGUUAUCUUAUAGUUUCACCUAUUAGGUUCAUAUUUUAAUACAUUCAGUUUCAGCUUUAUUUAUUUCAGAUUUACAUUGACUUCCUCUCUUCAGUGUAAAGGUGGCGGAAAUGUUUAGGCUCAUGGGAGGCGCUCAUGCUCCGUCCAUUAUCACUAGCAGUACAUUGUUUAAAACAAUUUUUCAUCUACCCGAGGUAUAAAAAAAUUCACUGUGUAAACUAACGACUGAUCAGUCCAUAGUCAAAGUGUCAUCCUUCACAUGAUCCAAGGGCUCCCUUAUUAGCAUACCACGAUGACCUCACAACGACAUCAUCACCGGGGGCGGGUCCUGAGACGCAGCCUGUUCGAUUAGCGAGCCUGAACCGAAUUGAUGGGUGCAGAUUAUGUGCCAAUUACUGUAUUUUUUUGAAGUACGGGGAAUGAACGCUAGCAUCAUCCCUGGCGUAAAUGUAUAUAAACUAUUUUUUAUUGAACAAAUACAUCACUGAAAGUAAAAAAUGGUCACAUGCCAUUUAACAGGUUUGUUUCGUUGAAGGAUUUUAUUUUAUUGUAUUGUCAGUUGUACAAAAAGAAAAGAUUCAGUGUUGCAUAAAAUGUCUGUUUGCUUUGUUUACUUCUGUUCGAUUCUGUCUCUGCAUCUGCUGUCGUUUGGAGACGCCACUCCAACUCUGAAACCAUUGUGUUUGUGAGACACAGAAAAAAGAAAUAAAAAUUUGCAAUAAA